AUGUUCAAGUACAUGGAUGGAGUGUGUCAUUGGUGGGAUGAAAGUGAAACACGUGAUAAAGCUUAUUUGGUGUCAUUCGACUUAAGCAAUGAGGUAUUUUUUAAAACAUCCAUACCCUCAAACAUGGAUGAUGAUACUGAUAUUGACAUUGGUAUUGAUACUAGAAUCGUGUUUAGAUACUUAUUAGUGUUAAAUGGAUCAAUUGGUUGGAUUACAAAUUAUCAUGAGACCGCUACUUUUCACAUAUCAAUUUUGGGUGAAGUUAGGGUGAAGGAUUUAUGGACAAAACUAUUUGUUGUCGGUCUAUUAUCAUGUGUUGACCAUCUUAUGGGAGUUGGCAAGAACAAUGAUAUUUUUUUUCCAGAAAAAAUGAUGAUGAAUUAG